AUGCUCCGUCUUCGACAUCCCGUCCUCUACGUCCUCUACGUCCUUCCCGUCCCGUCCUCUAUGUCCUUGACGUCCGCUACGUCCUUCACGUCCUCUACGUCCUUGACGUCUCCUCCUCCCAUGCUCCGUCUUCGACAUCCCGUCCUCCACGUCCUCCACGUCCUCCGCGUCCUCUACGUCCUCUACGUCCUUGACGUCCUCUACGUCCUUGACGUCCUUGACGUCCCGUCCUCUAUGUCCUUGACGUCCGCUACGUCCUUGACGUCCUCUACGUCCUUGACGUCCCGUCCUCUAUGGGUGCUGCUCGGCAAUGCCCGUGCCGCAACACAAAUGCAGGCGUGGGCCUUGGUGGAAAACCACUUUGACCUCCAAGAACUUUUCGGAGAGGUCGGAAGGCUCUUCUUGGAAGAGCAAGCUGCCAAGAAGUGUUUGCACACGAUGGCGAUUUCUAUGUCUGUUUUAGCUGGCCUAGCCCCAUUAGCGAACGGAGCGCAGGUGAGAAUAUGGACAGAACCAACGCCAUUGGUCCUAGCCACAGUUCUCAUCAACCCUCCGCAGAGCCGAAAAAGUCAAACCACCAGCUUGCUCCGGGAACUUGGCACGGUGAUCGACCAGACUUGUCAUGAGCGGGAGCGGGCACGCGUGCUUCAGCGUCAUCCUGCCGCAGAAGAAGAUAUUCGGACCGAGACCCUUCCGUCGAAUGUCUUAGAAGGCUUCACGCCAGAGGCUUUUUUCGAAGCAGUCAGUGGUGAUUACUCUGUGAAGAAAAAGAGUGGCCGAGUUUGGGGACCUGGUGGAUACGGCCGCUUGGCAAACGUGGAUGAGGUUUACCCCAGUUUCCUUGCAUUCGGCCUACUGACUGGGAAUGAUGCCAACAAGUCCUCGCAUGGAAAAUCUCCUGCUGGUAUCAAUUCAGCCACAAGCCUUUUGAAUCGGUUUUUCCAGACCGGAGGAAGUAGCAGAUUGACACGCACGGCUGGAGCCUACGGAGGCGCUGCUGCGUGCAGUGUGUCUUUCGCAUUGGUCGGAAAUGCUCAUCCAACUACUGCUUUAGCAAUGCUUGCCGGCACAAGUGGCUGCCACGUUGCAGCCGCGCAUGAGCGCAUUCUUUUCUACACUUGCCCCAGAAUCCAACCACAUUCACCUGUGCCUGAUGCUGUCCGCGUCAGCGGGCCGCGCUACAUCUGGACCGACAUGCCAGAGGAGCUUGCGGAAUUGGCAGGCUUGACAGAAUUGCUCCGGGAUCCAGAACGGGCGGUGGCAGCAGUGCGACCGGACUAUGACCGCCCGAUGCUUCAAGGCGGGGACCGGGAAGCAUACACAUUUUCUCUGCGACCUGACCAAGCCCAUCUCACAGAAUGCUUGGCAUUGAGUGAUGUAUAUAUAUAUAUAUCUAUCUAUCUAUCGAUCUACCUACCUACCUACCUAUCUAUCUAUCUAUCUGUCUAUCUAUCUAUCUAUCUUUCUAUCUAUCUAUCUAUCUCUCUCUCUCUCUCGAUAUAUGUAUCUAUAUAUAUAUACUAUAUAUAUAUAUAUUAUAAGUGUAUAUAUAUAUAUAGUAUUUAA